CUAAUCACUAUGUUCACUGGAAGUGAUUAAAAUUUGUUUUAAUUGUAUGAUUUAAGUUAAAACAGUUAAACGAGAAAAAAAAAAUUCAAAUUGUCUGAAAUUAAGUUAAUUCAGUUUUAAUUUUUGUUUCCUUUGCUUUGUCAAUUAAUCAUUAUGACUAUGAAAUCAAAUAUGAUUAACAACGAUAAUCAAUGGAUGUUAAUUACAAUUAGUUUAUUACUUGUGAGUGUCAUCAAUGGAUUAUCAUUAUCAUCAACAUCAUCACCAAUAGUAAAUAAUUUAACAACAAUAACAAUUAAAUUGUUAGAUGAAAAUAUAAGAAAUGAAAAAAAUGAUUCCUCUUCUCAAUUGAAACAAUUAACUAAUUACUGUCCAACUGGAUUUAGGGAAACCUUUAUACGGACAAUGGGUUAUAAAACAAAUGAUCAAUUAUUGAGUAAAUUGUCACAAUUAGAGAUGAUGAAAGUUAAUCAAAGUAAUCAAAAUUAUUGGAGCCAAUGUAAUCACCAUUGUCAAUCAAAUCCAACUUGUGAAGCUUAUUUUUUUAAUGGUAACAAUUAUAAUUGUUAUUUGAUUAAUUCCUCAUUAGCUCCAGUAGUUAAUUACAAUUUACAACCAAACAUCAACUGGAAUUAUCAUAGGAAAAUAUGUUUACCAUUAAGAGAAAUAUCUUCGUCACAAUCAUCAUCAUCAUCAUCUUUAUCAUCAUCACCUUCUCCUUUAACCAAUUUGUCUUCUUCUUCCUCCUCGUCAGAACCAUUGCCAUUUUCAUCUUGUACAGUUGAUUGGUUUUUCGAGAAGGUGCCAAAUAGCCAAUUACAUGGAGUAACCGAGAAACUAUUGUAUCACAUUAAAAGUGAAGAUGAUUGUUUGAUCGCUUGUUACACUGAGAGACAAUUUAUCUGUAGAUCUGCUCGAUAUGAUCAUGUUAAAUUAAUCUGUGGAUUAUCUCGCCAUGAUAGAAGAACAUCUCAAGAAUCGUUUAGAAAGGUUCACCCCUCUUCUUCCAAUCACCAUCAAACUCAUUCCAAUUCAAUGUCAUAUCUAGAGAAUCAGUGUGUUCAAGAACCACCUAGAUGUACCUUUAGACGUUUAGAUGAUUAUCAAGUGGAGACAAGUUCAACUUUGGUCAAUUUAACUGGAUUAACAUUGGUUGAUUGUGAGAAAAAUUGUCUCUCUGAGAAAUCAUUUGUAUGCCGUUCGUUUAUUCAUUAUGAAGACUCAGGGUUAUGUUUACUUUCACCCGAAGAUUCAAUGAGUCUAGGUGAAAAUGGUAUCAAAGAUAUCAAAAGUUUAUCUUCAUCAGCAUCAACCAAAGGUGUUCCCAUGAAUCUCUAUGAGAAGGCUUCAUGCAUCGAUGUUACAAUAAGUUGUGAGGCCAACGAAAUGACGGCGAUGAUUAAAACCUCCGGUCCAUUCAAAGGUCGCCUAUUUACCUUGACACAUCCACAAGAGUGUUACAAUUUAGGCGCUGAAGAAUCAGAUAAUACAAUUGCACUUUCGAUACCUUUACAUGGUGGACAAUGUGGAACCCGAAAUUUAGGUAAUGGUACUUAUAUUAACUCAUUGGUUGUCCAACGACAUCCGCUGAUCUUAAGGGAAACCGAUAGACGAAUCGAUGUUGUUUGUGAUUAUCAACAAAUCACUCGUAAAUUGCGAAGUGGUAAACAAGUUUCCGAAGGCGAUGCCAUUGCAAUGACUCAAGUCGUAACUGGACUCGCACCAACACCACCGAUAAGAUUACGAGUGGUCAACUCAACGGGGAACGAGGUGAAAGGCGUUGAACUUGGUGAUCCAUUGUACCUCAAAGUGGAAAUGUUAGAUGAAAGUGUCUUUGGGAUUUUUGGCUCUGAACUUGUUGCCCGAAGCGGAGAGGGAAGUGAAUCCGUUGUCUUAAUUGAUGAUCAAGGCUGUCCCGUUGAGCCCAAUGUAUUUCCUGGAUUAGAAAAGGCCGAUCGGACAUCUAAAGCUCUGGUUGCUCCAUUUCAAGCCUUUCGCUUUGCAACUGACCCUUCAGUUAAAUUUCAGAUGACCGUUUCUUUUUGCCUUGAUACCUGUCCACCGGUAACUUGUAAAUCUAAUUUAACAACACCAACGACAAACGAUCCUGAUAAUGUUAAUGAAUACAAACUGAUUGGACGAACUGGACGUUCCGAUGUAUCAUUUGGCCGUCGGCGACGUCGAGAAGUUGACCGUUCGGAAAUUGACCGAGUUUAUGGUUCACCUGCUUCACCAUCCGACCAAGCAAAAUCCCUUGAAUCACUGGACGAUGUCCGAUCUGGUGACAUAUAUUCAGACAUCACAAUGGAAACAACAUUUUAUAUUGUCAACAAUUUAAAAUCUGAUUCAUCACUUGACGAAUCAGCUAAAUUGAAACAUAUCCGAUCAUUGAAACAUCAAUCUGAUCCUAAUCAAAAACGAGACAUUCAAAUCUUAGCAUGUAAUUCAACUGAAGUUCAUUUUGAACUCCUUUCGGGAUCCAUGUUGGCCGCUAACGGGUACAAGAUAACUCGAGACUUGGAACCCGGUGUUUGCCUUAAAUUGUGUCUUCAAGAUUUAUCAUGUUUAUCGGUUAAUAUUGAUUAUAAAAAGGGAACCUGUUCAUUCAAUGGACAAAAUUUACGAACCUCCGGAAUCGAUCGGAAUCUACGAUCAAGUCCAUUUUUCAAUUACUUUGAAAAAGUUUGCUUAGUUCGAUCUCAAGGAUCAUCAUCAUCACUAUUACUAAAUACAACAAAUACUACGACAUCAUCAUCUUCAUCAUCAUCAGGGUUGCCUUUAUCAUCUUCAUUGUGUUCCAAUAGGGAUUGGUCAUUUGAAAGAGUUCGUGGUAAAGAGUUAGUUGGAUUACCUUUUGAAAAAAUUGUCGUCGAAGCUUCAACCAGGGAACAAUGUGAAUUAGCUUGUCUUGAUUAUCAACCAUUUAAUUGUUUAUCAGCUGAAUUUAAUUACCAAAUGAAUGAAUGUCGAUUAAGUCCUUACAAUAGGUUUUCUUCAUUGAAUAAACAAGUUCGUCUGGAACCAUCAACAUCAUUAGUUGAUUAUUUGGAAAACAAUUGUGUUCAAGGUCCUCGAUCAUUUUGUAGUUGGAAAUCAUCCAAACAAAAUCGCCUCGUUCUCUCGGACAAGACCUUCACCGCGCCCAAUGUAUCGACCUGUCAAGACGAAUGUCUCAAUAAUCGUAAUUUCAUUUGUCGCUCAUUCACAUUUGAUUCCCUCUCAUUUACCUGUUCAUUAAGUCACCAUACCCGCCGGUCAGUUCCAGGAGCUGCCCUGCUCAAAACACCUUCAUCAAUUGUCAAUGAAAUAUCAACAUGUUUUGACGUAUCAAUUGAUUGUGGACCUGAUCUGAUGAAGGCUAAGGUAACAUCGAGUACACUUUUUCAAGGUAAAUUAUAUGCACGGGAAAGGCCAACAAGUUGUUUUGUCGAUAUUGCCAAUUCAAUGGACUUCUCAUUACCAAUACAAUUGAAAGGAGAUGAAUGUGCAACCGAAGAAGAGUCUGAAGGAAAUUUCAUCAACACCUUAAUCAUUCAGAGUAAUGAUCAUGUAAUCACAUCGGUGGAUAAAGCAAUCGGAGUGAGAUGUUCAUAUGAUGUUGGCAACAUAACCGGAGAAACUGUUUUAAAUAUUGAUCAAUUGGGAUUAACUGAUCGUGAACAAAAUUCACCUUCCCUUCCGGAUUUAUCAUUUCGUAUCAUGGAUUUGAAAGGAUUGGAUAAAGACACUGUUAAUCUCGGUGAAUUAUUGAGAGUUCAGGUUCGCAUGAGUGAUGAAGACACUUAUGGUAUCUUUGUCCGUAAUUUAAUUGCCAAAGAUUCAACUGGAAACAACAAUUUAACUUUAAUUGAUCAAACAGGAUGUCCAGUUGAAUCUAAAUUGAUGAAGGAAGUGAGAACCAUUGAUAAGAAAAGUAAAUCAUUGGAAAGUUACUUCGAGGCCUUUUCGUUUACCGGGUCAAGUACCUUGGAACUGGAAGCCGACGUUGAAACGUGUCUAGAACGAUGUCGACCUGUUCAAUGUCAAUUGGCCUCCGGGCGAUCAGAGGAUGAUUAUGAUAUGGUUGUUUCUUAUGGGCGUAAACGGCGUUCAAUUAAAUCACGAAAUCAAUCAACUGGUCAACCAAUUGACACCAAACGGAUGAGUAAAACUUUAUCGAUUCGAGCAUCACAAUUUGGCCUUAAUGGUGAUACAACAUCAAAGUUAUUCGAUGACGGAAUUAACAUAGGAAAAUCUUAUCAAGUUAAUGGUGUUCUAAUUACUCGAGCAUCAUCACCUUCGCAAAUUAAUUCAAUCGCAAGGAAAUCACAAUCAACUGAAAACAAUCAUUCUGGCGAUUCUAAUGGUCAUCAAGAAAAUGAUGAUAACAAAGAAACAUCAUCUCGUUCAUUGGCUUUAGAGUCUGAUGUUGAUUAUGAUUUAACUAAUAAUCAUUCCAAUGGUGAUGUUAAUCAUGACAAUUUGGCUAAUGGAAACAUCAUUAUUAAUGGUAUUGCAAUUGAAGAUGAUCACUCAAUGGUUAAUUCAGUUGCUGCUUCGGCUGCUGUUUCUGCUGAUAAUAUUGAUGAUAAUGAUUCUGCUACUGAUGAUGAUGUUGAUGAUAAUAAUAAUCAUAUUAGUGAUAAUGGUAACGAUGCCGAUGAAAUUGAUGGCGAUUCAUUGAAAAGUGAAACUGGUUUUAACCUUUUUGAACCAACAACGUUGGCAACUUUCAUGGGAAUCAUGAUUAUCGUUCAAACCCUUUUAUUGAUUAUCGGACUAAUUGCUGCCUCAAGGCUUCGAGAAUCUAAUCAACAAUUGCAACUCCAACAAUUUCAACAGCAUCAAGUUCAACAUAAACUACAAUCAACCGAUCAUUUUGUUUCCAUUUACAAGUCAUAAUUAACAAAUUGCCAGUUUAUUCAUCUUCAAAUCACUCAUUGUAUUGAGUAAGAAAAACAAUUCAUCAAUCAUACAAACCUAAUCAUCCACCUACACAAUUGAUGACCAGGUCCGAUCUUAAUUACUCAGAGAUUUUGAGAUGAAAUGAAUGAAAAAAAAUGAUUGUUUGAUUAAUUUUAACCAAUUGUAACAUUUAAUUUUAUACAUUAAUCUCUUAAUCACUUUCUCACUCUAAUCUCUCAAGUAAUUAAGUUUGAACUCGCUCAUUACUUUAUAAUAAUUAGUAAAUUAUUUAAUUUUAUAUAAACUUCAUCAUUUCAUCAAUCAAUGUGAUCAUCAUCAUUAUCAUCAUUUGCCAUCAUCACAAUCAGGCUGAUCUCUAGAGCAAAAUUUGAUUAACAACAAUCAACUAUUGUAAAAUAUUUAAUUUCAAUCUCUCUUUCUCUUUCUCUCUCCAAGCAAUUAACUGCUCUUAAAUCAAUCAAAUUAAUCAUAAUCCCAUGAAAUGAAACAAUCAACUUGAAACAAUCAACAAAGGACGAACCUGACCCUCCGAAUUAGCGUAAAGGAAAUGAUUAAUCAAUAAUCAAUCAUAUUCAUCACCAUCAUCAUCAUUUGUAAUAACAAUUAACUUAUUGUCAUUAAAAUCAUAUAAUAUUGAUUA